AUGGGAGGCAAGAAGGCCGCCGGCGAGAACUCCAAGAAGGCUGCGGGCAAUGCCCGUAAAGCCGAAGCCGCCGCCAGCAAAAAGGCCGCCGAGGACGCCAAGCGCGCCGCCGAAGAAGACGCCAAGUGGUCCAAGGGCGCGAAGGGUAACAACAAGCGCGAAGACGCCGAAGCCAAAAAAGCCGAAGCGGCACGCAAGAAGGCCGAACGGGACGCCCUCCUCGCCGCCGAAGAAGCCUCCCAGCCCAGCAAACCCAAGAACACAAAAUCCGCCGCGAAGAAGAACGCCGGACCCAGCCGGGGUACAUUGGAUCUGUCGCAGCUCGACGAUUCCCCGGCCAGCAAGAAGGCUUCUGCGCUCAAUGCGUCUGGUAUCGACAAUGCGCUCGACGCUUUGUCGCUUACAGGCAAGGAUAGCGGCAAGGUGGAUCGGCAUCCGGAGAGACGAUUCAAGGCUGCGUAUGCGGCGUUCGAGGAGAGACGGUUGCCUGAGAUUGAGGCUGAGAAUCCCGGUUUGAGACGUAACCAGCGCAUUGAGAUCUGUAAGAAGGAGUUUGAGAAGAGUGAGGAGAAUCCGUUUAACCAGGUGCAUGUGGCGUUUGAUGCGAGCCGGGAGGAAAUUGCGGCUGUGAAGGAGGCGGAGAGGAAGAAGGUUGAGGCUAGGUUGGCGAAAUAA